AUGCACCUGUCCACCUCCGUUCUCGGUGCCCUGUUGGCUCUGGGCCACGCCCUGCCUUUUGAUACCUCCAGUGUCGCUGCCACCGACGCCUUUGCUGCCACCAACGCCACGGCCCUCGCGGCCAACGGCACUCUCACCAAUGGCACCUUCAGCAACCACACUGCCCCCUCCGCAACCUCCCAGCUUGCCUCACUCACUCAGCUGACCAGUGAUACCCCCGGCGAAGCCACCAGUGCCGCCGUUUCUGCCGCCGCAGCAGACUUUGCCGCAGCCGCCGUGACCGUGACCGUGACCGCCCCCGCCAACACCGUCACCGUCACCGAGACUCCUGCUCCCCAGACCGUGACCGUGUCCGUCUCCUACUGUCCCACCCCCGCGCCUACUGGUGAGGCUGCCGCCGGUGCUUCCGACAACACCGCCGCCGCCGCAGCUGGAACCCCCUCCAACAAGCAGGCCGGCCAGAACUUCAACGCCAACGAGGACGCCGCUGGCGCCAACUCUGGCUCGGAGCCCGCCGGCGCCUCCGAUUCCUCCGACGAAGAAAACACAACUGUCUUCCUCACCCAGACCAAGUUCCUGACCAAGACCCUCUCCCAGUACGGAGUCACCACCACCGUUCCCACCGCCACCGUCACCUCUGCUAUUGUCACCAAGGCCAAUGAGGAGAACGCCGCCGCCGCCUCCCCCAUUGUGACUGACAUCACCGAGACCCUGACCGAGGUCGAGACCGUUGCCUCUGAGGAACCUCAGGGAACGUCUACUCGAACUCAUUACAUCACCAAGACCAACACCAUUACCCGGGUGAGAUCGUCCACUGCCCAGCCCGAGACUUCCACCGAAGCUCCUGAGGCUGCUGCCGGAGCCUCCUCUUCCAUCGAGACCUCCUCCGAGGCCUCCUCCGAGGCCUCUGUGGAGGCCACCGCUUCGGUCGAGCCUUCCAACACGUCAUCCGAGGUUGCCGCCGAGGCCCCCACCUCCGCUCCCCACAACGCAACCUUCAAUGCUACUCAGGCUCCCGUUGAGACCUCCUCCACCCCCGUGCUGUCGACCACUUCUCUUGUGGCCCCCACCAACGCCACCGAAGCCGGAGCCGCUGCUCCCCUCACCUCUUCUUCCGAGCCCGAGGGAACCUCCACCACCUACGUUUCCUCCACCGUGGUCGCUACUCUGGCGCCCAAGACCUCGUCUAUCCCCGAGGGCGCUGCCGGAGCCGAGUCUUCCGGAGUGUCUUCUGAGGCCUCUUCUGAGCUCCCCUCUUCAGUUGCUUCUUCCUCGGCUCCUGCUUCCACCACCGCUCCCGAAGGCGCUCCUGAAGGAGCUGCUGCCGUCUCUUCUACCGCGGAGGCCUCUGCUGAGGCUUCUUCCCCGGCUCCUUCCUCUGCCCCUGUCUCUGCUGAGGCCGGAGAGUCUGCCGUUCCCCUUUCCGAAUCGGCUCCCAUCCCCUCCCCUGCCCCCACAGUUGCCCCCACCGGCUUUGCCGCUAACGGCACCUUCACCUCUGCCUAA